AUGGCGCGGCUGGAGGCGGUGGCUAACGUGGCUCUGAGGGUGCCGGGGCUGGCGCUGCUGGACCUGCUGUACCGCUGGGACGCGGCGGCCAUCGGCGAACUGCUGCGGCCCCGCCGAGGGGACCCCCCCUUCCUCCGAGCCCCCGCCCUCCGGGGUGCCUGCGGUCUGGGCCACAUCCUGUGCCUGGUGGUGCUGGUGCUGCCGGUGCAGUCCCUGGUGAAGCUCUACCUGCACGUCUUCACCGCCCUGCUCCUCGCCGUGGGGCACAGGGUGGCCAGGGACUACAUCCACCGGGAGCUGGAGUUUGGUGACCAGGGUGCUGUGUACCAGGACCCUGCGGCGCUCAGCCGUGUUGCCACCACCCUUGCAGGCCAGCUCUGCCUGUGUGCCCUCUGCUCUCUGCUGAUGCGCAGCCGGCAGCCGUGGCUGUUCGGUGCCCCUGCGCUGCCAGCCCUGGCUCGGCUCUGUGGCCUGCCCCUCCGUGCCCUGCCCCUGCUCGACACCUUCGCCACCACCCUCACCACCAUCCAGGUGCUCUACGUCCUCGCCUCCCACGUCCUUGUCCCCUUCCAGCUGGCUGCUGCUGCCUGCCGGGAGAUUGCACAGGCCCUGGAGCUGUCCCGGCUGGUGGCACUGGGGGUGUCCCUCUGGAGCCAGCUGGCCAUCCCGCUCCUCUUCCUCGUCUUCUGGCUGGCGCUCUUCACCCUCCGCCUCUUGGCCUUCCUCACCUCUUCCAGCAGUCCCAUGGCCCAACAGGGCCUCCUCUUCCUCCUCCUCAGCAGCGCGGCGGAGUGCUGCAGCACUCCCUACUCCCUGGUCGGCCUCACCUUCACUGUCUCCUACCUCGCCCUGGCUGUCCUCAACCUCUGCAAGUUCUAUCUGCUGGGCUUCAGUGCCUUCCAGAAUGGCAACGUCAUGCACAGGGGAGUGACGGAGGGUGUGACACUGCUGCUGCUGGCGCUGCAGACAGGGCUGCUGGACCUGCAGAUCCUCCAGAGGACCUUCCUGCUCAGCAUCAUCCUCUUCAUCGUGGUGACCUCCACGCUGCAGUCCAUGAUCGAGAUCGCCGACCCCAUCGUGCUGGCGCUGGGGGCCUCCCGGAACAGGAGCCCCUGGAAGCAUUUCCGUGGCGUCAGCAUGUGCCUCUUCUUGCUGGUUUUCCCUUGUUUCAUGGCCUACAAGAUCGCCCACUUCUUCCAGCUGGACUUCUGGCUCCUCAUCCUGGUCUCCAGCUGCAUGCUCACCUCACUGCAGGUGAUGGGCACCCUCUUCAUCUACACCCUGUUCAUGGUGGAGCUGCUGCAGGACAGACCCCUGGAGCGGAUGGAUGAAAUCAUCUACUGGGUGAACGCUGUCAGCAGGGUGCUGGAGUUCCUGGUGGCCCUCUGCGUGGUGGCCUAUGGCACCUGGGAGUCCCUGCUGGGCGAGUGGAGCUGGAUGGGAGCCUCUGUCAUCAUCAUCCACUCCUACUUCAACGUCUGGCUGCGUGCCCAGUCGGGCUGGAAGAGCUUCCUGCUGCGGAGGGAGGCCGCCAAGAAGAUCAACUCCCUGCCCCGGGCCACCGGUGGGCAGCUGCGGGACCACAACGAUGUCUGUGCCAUCUGCUUCCAGGACAUGCAGGUGGCAGUGGUCACCCCCUGCAGCCACUUCUUCCACGCUGCCUGCCUGCGCAAGUGGCUCUACGUGCAGGACACCUGUCCCCUGUGCCACCAGCAAGUGACAGCAGUGCCCGCCGGGGGCAGCCGUGCCAGCGGGACAGGGGCUGGGACAGCGCCGAGCCACGGCCAGGAGGUGCCAGAAGGGGCACGUGCCAGCAGGAUGCCAGCCCCAGCUCAGCACAGGGACAGCACAGUGUCCCCAGAGGAUGGGGCUGGGGACUUUGGCCAGCACCACCCUGUUGGCCCCCACGAGGACCCUGGUGCCCAGGGCCCGCUGCAACCGGAGCCUUCUGCCAGCCCUCAGCCUGGCACGAGAGACAAUGAGGACUGCCACAGUGGCCAGCACCCCUCCUAG